AAAGAUAAUAUUUAUGUAUGUAUGUUAAGUAUAUUUGAGAAUGUAAAUGUAACUUAAGUAUGACAAUAUCAUUUAACUUAUAUACCACUGCUUUAUAGGUAAACAUGAUUACCGCCUGAACAUUGCAAAGAAAGCAGGAGCAAAUUUCGCACUGAAUGUGUCAUCGGUCAAGGACCCAAAAGAAGUUGCAAAGAUGGUUAUAGAUGCAUUGGGUGGCAAAGCUGACAUGUCUAUAGAUAGCACUGGAUUCCAGAGCAGUAUCCAGGCUGCUAUCUAUGCAACCGGCAAUGGCGGCAACGUUACAAUCAGUGGACUGAGAGAAAAUGUUGUUACAUUACCAAUAAUAAACGCUGGCUUAAGAGAAGUUGAUAUCCGUGGAGUGUCCGUGAAUGCACAUUGUUACCCAAUAGCACGUGAAAUGAUAGCCUCAGGUAGACAAUACAUUUGUAUAUUCUUUUUCCAAUUGCAAAGCAUUAAAAUAUGAGCUUUUUUCUCUGUU